CCGGAUUCCAGAUCACCUCACCGAAGAUCUUAACCCUCCGUAUGGAUCUAAACCAGUCAUUGGUAUCUUAUAUGUAUCUUUCAUGAAACCGCAUGAUACAUUCAACGACAGCUCAGUUGCCAAUUGAACUUGUUGCUUGCCAAGAUGCAUCUCAGCUCCUUUCUCUCUUUGUCUCCCAUUGUUCUUCCUGCAUUAUUCAUCCUAAAGCUGAUUUACAGUCGCACUGUUCAAUAUAGAAAGCUAAGCCACAUCCCGGGGCCUUUCUUGAGCGGAGUCUCGCGCUGGUUCUUUAUCAAAAGUACUGCAAAGAACACGCUACAUUUGGACUGCGCCACAUUGUGCAAGAAAUAUGGACCUCUUGUUAGAGUGGACCCGAAUACAUUGCUCACGAAUGAUCCGGAGCUUAUCCGUCGCAUGAGCGCAGUCCGCUCUCCGUACACGAAAGGCGAAUGGUAUGCGUUGACUGCUCUUGAUAUUGAGCGCAAUCACAUAUUCAGUGAAACCAAUGAGGAGCGUCAUUCUGCGUUGCGGACUCGGAUGGCGUCUGGAUAUUCAGGCAAGGAACUUGGAAAUUCGUACCUCGAAGAAUGCAUCGACAAUCGCUUGCAAGACCUUUUUACUCUAAUUAGGAAUAAAUAUACGUCCGUUGGAGGAACGUUUCGGCCUGUCGACCUUUGCCGAAUUAUCCAGUACUUUGUAGUAGAUGCCAUUACUGACAUUGCCUUCCGUGAGCCAUUCGGUAUGCUGCUAGCGGAUGACGACGUGCACGGCUAUAUUUCCACACAGAAAGAGCUAAUUCCCAUCUUUGAAUGGUUUGGUGCGCUGCCUUUCCUAGCAAAGAUUGUAAAAACGCCGUUCAUCGCCAAACACGCCAUGCCGAAACCUACUGACAAGAAUGGCAUUGGCUACAUGCUUGGUGUUGCAAAGAGCAAAGUCGACCAACGUUUCGGACCUGGAAAGGUCGUCAAGGACGACAUGUUGGGCUCGUUCAUCAAGCACGGUCUGGACCAGAAGCAGUGUGAAAUUGAAGCUCCUUUGCAGGUUAUUGCGGGCACGGAUACGACAGUUUCGUCGUUCCGCGCGAUUUCCAUGUAUAUUAUCUCAAAUCCUCAGGUUUACGCCAAGGUCCAGGCUGAAAUCGAUGCUGCCGGCUUGACAUCGACGAUCAUUACAGAUGCAGAGGCACGAGAGUUGCCGUAUCUUCAAGCUUGCAUCAAGGAGGGCAUGCGAAUCUUCCCUCCUGUUACCGGCUUGUUCAGCAAGCGAGUGCCGGACGGCGGCGACACCAUUCACGGCAAAUUCAUCCCAGGGGGCACCGAGAUAGCAUAUGCUGCUUGGGAUUUCUACAAAGAUCCCAAGAUCUUCGGAGCCGAUGCUGACAUUUUCCGACCUGAGCGUUGGCUUGAAGCGUCCGAGGAUCAACUUGCAGCAAUGACAAGGGUCACAGAUCUAGUGUUUGGAUAUGGCAAGUACCAAUGUCUAGGUAAACCUAUUGCACUUCUCGAGCUUGGAAAGGCCCUUGGCGAGAUAUUCCGCCGGUACGACAUAUCGCUGGUCAACCCGCUCCAACCUUGGAAAUGCUACAAUCGCAAUGGCUUCUUCUUCCAAUCAGAUAUGUUUGUUCGCAUCUCUGAGAGGCAAAAGUAACUCGCUUAGGUUUUGAAAUUGAACAGAUUGAUUUUUCUUGCAAGAGGGGAUGCGAUGGGUAAACCCCCCGUAAUGAUCGUGUUGCUGCGCUUUUCUGUUAGGCUGCGCAACUAUUCUCAAAUGACCAUGUCUUUCCAUUAAACAAGAUCUCGACAUCUCUCUACAUCUGCUAUCACCGCGCGCUCGGAUCCGAUUAGUAACGUUUGUAUACAGAUAGAUAGGAAGAGUUUCGCGGACUGCUUUAGCUCCCCGAGCGAAUAGUAUGCUCAAGCGGGACAGGCUAUUGCUUAUGAGAACAUUUGCGAUGCCC